AUGUUUUUACGAUUUUUGUUGCUAUGCAUCUGUUUAUCAGUUGCUGGUGCAAAGGUAAUUACGGGUAUUUUCAAUAGUUUUGAUUCAUUGACUUGGACCAAUGCUGCUAGAUACCCGUUUAAGGGACCCGGAUACCCAACUUGGAAUGCUGUUUUAGGUUGGUCUUUAGAUGGAACUGUUGCUAGCCCAGGUGACACCUUUACUUUGAUCAUGCCUUGUGUAUUCAAAUUUAUUACUAAUCAAACAUCUGUUGAUUUGAUUGCUGAUGGGGCAGACUAUGCUACAUGCCAGUUCCAUGCAGGUGAAGAAUUUACAACCUUUUCAUCCUUGACGUGUACUGUGAGCAGUGCUUUGAACCCAUCUAUUAAGGCUCUUGGUACAGUUACUUUACCCAUCUCAUUUAACGUAGGUGGAACAGGAUCAUCGGUUGACUUAGAAAAUUCCAAGUGCUUUACUGCUGGUACCAACACGGUCACAUUCACUGAUGGGAAUAACAAAAUUUCAACUACUGUUGAGUUCAAUAAAACCACAGUUGAUCCAAGUGGAUACUUGACUUCCGCCAGACGUAUUCCAAGUCUCAAUCAAGUUACAUCUCUUUAUAUGGCCCCACAAUGUGUGAAUGGUUACACUUCUGGUAUAAUGGGAAUUUCGAGUAAUAGCGGCAUUGAUAUUGACUGUUCAACUGUUCAUGUUGGGAUUUCAAAAGGAGUGAAUGAUUGGAAUUUUCCAGUAUCAUACGAUUCAUUUAGUUACAAGAAAACUUGCUCACCUACUGGUAUUUCUAUCACAUAUGAAAAUAUCCCUGCAGGUUAUCGUCCAUUUAUUGACGCUUACAUUUCUGCUUCAGGAGUUAAACUGUACGCUUUGUCAUAUGCUAAUAAUUAUACUUGUGUUGAUAGCAGCUUUCAAAAUAAACCAUUUACUAUAAGAUGGACCGGAUACAAUAGUAGCGAAGCUGGUUCCGACGGUGUUGUCAUUGUGGUAACAACCAGAACAGUUACAGAUAGUACUACUGCUGUGACUACUUUACCAUUCAAUUCCGAUGUUGACAAAACUAAAACAAUUGAAAUUUUGCAACCCAUUCCAACAACUACCAUCACAACAUCAUAUGUUGGUGUGACUACUUCCUAUAGAACCCAAACUGUACCUAUUGGACAAACUGCUACUGUUAUUGUUGAUGUUCCAUAUCAUACUACAACUACUGUUACUAGUAAAUGGACAGGAACAAUCACUACUACUGCGAUUCGUACCAAUCCAACAGGUUCAAUCGAUACAGUUGUUGUACAAGUUCCACUGCCAAACCCAACAGUCUCCACUACUGAAUAUUGGUCGCAAUCCUAUGGAACAACUACCACAGUCACCGCACCUCCAGGUGCUACUGAUACGAUUAUCAUUAGGGAACCACCAAACCCAACUGUCACCACAACCGAGUACUGGUCUCAAUCCUUUGCCACGACCACCACUGUUACUGCCCCUCCAGGUGGCACUGACACUGUGAUAAUUAGAGAACCACCAAACCCAACUGCUACGACAACCGAGUACUGGUCUCAAUCGUUUGCUACUACCACUACAGUUACUGCUCCUCCAGGUGGUACUGACACUGUGAUAAUUAGAGAACCACCAAACCCAACUGCUACGACAACCGAGUACUGGUCUCAAUCCUUUGCCACGACCACCACUGUUACUGCCCCUCCAGGUGGCACUGAUACUGUUAUCAUUAGGGAACCACCUAAUUACACGGUUACAACCACUGAAUACUGGUCACAAUCGUUUGCUUCGACUACUACUAUUACUGGUCCACCAGGUGGUACAGAUACUGUGAUUAUUAGGGAACCACCUAAUUACACAGUUACUACUACUGAAUACUGGUCACAGUCAUAUGCUUCAACAACGACUGUUACUGCCCCACCAGGUGGCACUGACACUGUGAUAAUUAGAGAACCACCAAACCCAACUGUGACAACAACCGAGUACUGGUCUCAAUCGUUUGCUACUACCACUACAGUUACUGCUCCUCCAGGUGGUACAGAUACUGUGAUAAUUAGAGAACCACCGAAUUUGACAGUUUCAACCACUGAAUAUUGGUCACAAUCGUUUGCUACUACGACCACUGUUACCGCUCCUCCAGGUGGUACAGAUACUGUGAUAAUUAGAGAACCACCGAAUUUGACAGUUUCAACCACUGAAUAUUGGUCACAAUCGUUUGCUACUACGACCACUGUUACCGCUCCUCCAGGUGGUACAGAUACUGUGAUAAUUAGAGAACCUCCAAACCCGACUGCUACGACAACCGAGUACUGGUCUCAAUCUUUUGCUACUACCACUACAGUUACUGCUCCUCCAGGUGGCACUGAUACUAUUAUCAUUAGGGAGCCACCUAAUUACACGGUUACAACCACUGAAUACUGGUCACAAUCGUUUGCUACUACCACCACUGUUACUGCCCCUCCAGGUGGAACCGAUAUUGUCCUUAUUGGAGAACCACCAAAAUUCACGUUGACUACUACUCAAUAUUGGUCACAGUCUUAUGCUACAACCACGACUGCUACAGCACCACCGGGUGGUACCGACACUGUGAUUAUUAGGGAACCUCCAAAUUACACAGUAACUACAACUGAAUACUGGUCACAGUCUUAUGCUACUACGACCACUGUUACUGCCCCUCCAGGUGGUACUGAUACUGUUAUCAUUAGGGAACCACCUAAUUACACAGUAACUACAACUGAAUACUGGUCACAGUCUUAUGCAACUACGACCACUGUUACCGCUCCUCCAGGUGGCACUGAUACUGUUAUCAUUAGGGAACCACCUAACUACACGGUUACCACAACUGAAUACUGGUCACAGUCUUAUGCAACUACGACCACUGUUACCGCUCCUCCAGGUGGCACCGACACUGUUAUCAUUAGGGAACCACCUAAUUACACAGUAACUACAACUGAAUACUGGUCUCAAUCCUAUGCCACGACCACUACUGUUACCGCCCCUCCAGGUGGUACUGACACUGUGAUCAUUAGGGAGCCACCUAAUUACACAGUAACUACAACUGAAUACUGGUCGCAAUCGUUUGCUACUACCACCACUGUUACCGCCCCUCCAGGUGGCACUGAUACUGUUAUCAUUAGGGAACCACCUAAUUACACGGUUACAACCACUGAAUACUGGUCACAAUCGUUUGCUACUACCACCACUGUUACUGCCCCUCCAGGUGGUACAGACACUGUGAUAAUUAGAGAACCUCCAAACCCAACUGUGACAACAACCGAGUACUGGUCUCAAUCCUAUGCUACAACCACGACUGCUACAGCACCACCGGGUGGUACCGACACUGUGAUUAUUAGAGAACCACCUAAUUACACAGUAACUACAACUGAAUACUGGUCACAGUCUUAUGCAACUACGACCACUGUUACCGCCCCUCCAGGUGGCACUGAUACUGUUAUCAUUAGGGAACCACCUAAUUACACGGUUACAACCACUGAAUACUGGUCACAAUCGUUUGCUACUACGACCACUGUUACCGCUCCUCCAGGUGGUACAGACACUGUGAUAAUUAGAGAACCACCAAACCCAACUGCUACGACAACCGAGUACUGGUCACAGUCAUAUGCUUCAACCACCACUGUUACUGCCCCUCCAGGUGGUACAGAUACUGUGAUUAUUAGAGAGCCACCUAAUUACACGGUUACAACCACUGAAUACUGGUCACAGUCGUUUGCUACUACCACCACUGUUACUGCCCCUCCAGGUGGAACCGAUAUUGUCCUUAUUGGAGAACCUCCAAACCCAACUGUGACAACAACCGAGUACUGGUCUCAAUCCUAUGCUACAACCACGACUGCUACAGCACCACCGGGUGGUACCGACACUGUGAUUAUUAGAGAGCCACCUAAUUACACGGUUACAACCACUGAAUACUGGUCACAAUCGUUUGCUACUACGACCACUGUUACCGCUCCUCCAGGUGGUACAGACACUGUGAUAAUUAGAGAACCACCAAACCCAACUGCUACGACAACCGAGUACUGGUCACAGUCAUAUGCUUCAACCACCACUGUUACUGCCCCUCCAGGUGGUACAGAUACUGUGAUUAUUAGAGAGCCACCUAAUUACACGGUUACAACCACUGAAUACUGGUCACAAUCGUUUGCUUCGACUACUACUAUUACUGGUCCACCAGGUGGAACCGAUAUUGUCCUUAUUGGAGAACCACCAAAAUUCACGUUGACUACUACUCAAUAUUGGUCACAGUCUUAUGCUACAACCACGACUGCUACAGCACCACCGGGUGGUACCGACACUGUGAUUAUUAGAGAACCACCUAAUUACACAGUAACUACAACUGAAUACUGGUCACAAUCGUUUGCUACUACGACCACUGUUACUGCCCCUCCAGGUGGUACAGACACUGUGAUAAUUAGAGAACCUCCAAACCCAACUGUGACAACAACCGAGUACUGGUCUCAAUCCUAUGCUACAACCACGACUGCUACAGCACCACCGGGUGGUACCGACACUGUGAUUAUUAGAGAGCCACCUAAUUACACGGUUACAACCACUGAAUACUGGUCACAAUCGUUUGCUACUACGACCACUGUUACCGCUCCUCCAGGUGGUACAGACACUGUGAUAAUUAGAGAACCACCAAACCCAACUGCUACGACAACCGAGUACUGGUCACAGUCAUAUGCUUCAACCACCACUGUUACUGCCCCUCCAGGUGGUACAGAUACUGUGAUUAUUAGAGAGCCACCUAAUUACACGGUUACAACCACUGAAUACUGGUCUCAUUCGUUUGCUUCUACUACCACUGUUACUGGUCCACCAGGUGGAACUGAUAUUGUCCUUAUUAGGGAACCACCUAAUUACACAGUAACUACAACUGAAUACUGGUCACAGUCUUAUGCAACUACGACCACUGUUACCGCUCCUCCAGGUGGUACUGACACUGUGAUUAUUAGGGAACCACCUAACUACACGGUUACCACAACUGAAUACUGGUCUCAGUCGUUUGCUUCUACUACCACUGUUACUGCCCCUCCAGGUGGUACUGACACUGUGAUUAUUAGAGAACCUCCAAAUUUGACAGUUACCACAACUGAAUACUGGUCACAGUCUUAUGCAACUACUACUACAGUUACUGGUCCACCAGGUGGAACUGAUAUUGUCCUUAUUAGGGAACCACCUAAUUACACAGUAACUACAACUGAAUACUGGUCACAGUCUUAUGCAACUACGACCACUGUUACUGCCCCUCCAGGUGGCACUGAUACUGUUAUCAUUAGGGAACCACCUAAUUACACGGUUACAACCACUGAAUACUGGUCACAAUCGUUUGCUUCGACUACUACUAUUACUGGUCCACCAGGUGGUACAGAUACUGUUAUCAUUAGGGAACCACCUAAUUACACGGUUACAACCACUGAAUACUGGUCACAAUCGUUUGCUACUACCACCACUGUUACUGCUCCUCCAGGUGGUACAGAUACUGUGAUUAUCAGAGAGCCACCUAAUUACACAGUUACUACUACUGAAUACUGGUCACAGUCAUAUGCUUCAACAACGACUGUUACUGCCCCACCAGGUGGCACUGACACUGUGAUUAUUAGAGAACCACCUAAUUACACAGUAACUACAACUGAAUACUGGUCACAGUCUUAUGCAACUACGACCACUGUUACUGCCCCUCCAGGUGGUACCGACACUGUGAUUAUUAGGGAACCUCCAAAUUACACAGUAACUACAACUGAAUACUGGUCACAGUCUUAUGCUACUACGACCACUGUUACUGCCCCUCCAGGUGGUACUGAUACUGUUAUCAUUAGGGAACCACCUAAUUACACAGUAACUACAACUGAAUACUGGUCACAGUCUUAUGCAACUACGACCACUGUUACCGCUCCUCCAGGUGGCACUGAUACUGUUAUCAUUAGGGAACCACCUAACUACACGGUUACCACAACUGAAUACUGGUCACAGUCUUAUGCAACUACGACCACUGUUACCGCUCCUCCAGGUGGCACCGACACUGUUAUCAUUAGGGAACCACCUAACUACACGGUUACCACAACUGAAUACUGGUCACAGUCUUAUGCAACUACGACCACUGUUACCGCUCCUCCAGGUGGCACCGACACUGUUAUCAUUAGGGAGCCACCUAAUUACACAGUAACUACAACUGAAUAUUGGUCACAAUCGUUUGCUACUACGACCACUGUUACUGCCCCUCCAGGUGGCACUGAUACUGUUAUCAUUAGGGAACCACCUAAUUACACAGUAACUACAACUGAAUACUGGUCACAGUCUUAUGCAACUACGACCACUGUUACUGGUCCACCAGGUGGCACUGAUACUGUUAUCAUUAGGGAACCACCUAACUACACGGUUACCACAACUAAAUACUGGUCACAGUCUUAUGCAACUACGACCACUGUUACUGGUCCACCAGGUGGUACAGAUACUGUUAUCAUUAGAGAACCACCAAACCCAACUGUUACUACCACUGAAUAUUGGUCAGAAUCCUAUGCUACCACCACCACCAUUACCGCCCCACCAGGAGGUACCAACUCAGUAAGAAUCAGAGAGCCUCCAAAUUUUACAGUCACAACCACUGAGUAUUGGUCACAAUCUUAUGCAAGUACUACAACCGUUACUGGUCCACCAGGUGGAACUGACACCGUAAUCAUCAAGGAACCUCCAAAUUACACGGUUACCACUACUGAAUACUGGUCACAGUCAUACGCAAGUACUAGCACUGUUACUGCUCCACCGGGAGGAACUGAAACUGUGAUUAUCAAGGAACCACCUAAUCCAACUAUUACUACCACUGAGUUUUGGUCACAGUCCUACGACACUACCACAACCAUUACUGCCCCACCAGGUGGCACUAAUAGUGUCAUUAUCCGAAUCCGUUCUAGUCCAAGUGAUGAAUCUAGUGAGUCCACAUUCUCAAUAUUAUCUGUUCCCUCAUUUUCAGCCUCGAUAAGUAUUGUCUCCUCGUUUUCUCGUCCACAUUAUGUAAACACUACGGUUACCAACUUACCUAGUUCCCAGUCAUCAUCAGUGAAUAUACUUUCCAGUGAUGAGAUAACGUUUACUAAUGAUGAUAGAUUCACGUCUUCGAUUGUUUUUGAAAGUGGUGAAACAAGUGUGGCAAUAUCAACAACUUUCUGUGAUGACGAACAUGGUUGCCAAUCUUCUGCUACACAAGGUUCUGUUGUAAGAACUACUGCAACAACGACGGCAACAACCACAACAGUUAUUGGUGGCAAUAAUGGCACGGAUAAACCAAAGUCUGGUGAGUUAGCUUCUACUGGUUCUGUUACAAGCAAGAUAGUAACACCGGGUGGUCCAUCACCAACUGCACCCUCGAAUCCUGGGUCUCCAAAUAAUGGUGUACCAUCACCUAAAUCACCAUCUGCAGAAACACCAGCCACCAAGAAUGUACCUGGAUCACCAGAUAUUCCAGACACUAAAUCGACUGAUAUUGCUAGGACAACGACUAUUGUGUCCCAUACGGUGACUGAGAGUGGAGCUAUUGGUGUUCUGAUAAAUCCAAAUCCUGCUUUGACAACAGGUACCCCAUUGGUAGGUAAACCUGGUUCUGUAGUUAACCCGUCACGUGAAACUGGUAUCAAUACAGGAUCAAGAAGUUCAACUAAGAUUGUUACUCCACAUGCUACUGGAACUGCCACAGCUGCUAUUCCAGAUACAGGUAAUGGUGCUACUACAAAGGGUCAUGAUACAACUGGUGGUAAUUCCCAUGGAUCUGCAGCUACCACUAAUACUCAAGGUGGAAAUAAUGAACCAGGUAAUCAAUCACCACCUAAUACAGGUGGAGCACCUGUGGGUACCAGUAGCCAAGGAGUUGACACCACAGCCUCUCAAGCGACUACAUUAAGUCAACAGACUACAAGUUCCUUAAUCACCACGCCUUUAGCUUCUACAUUUGAUGGUUCUGGUUCUAUUACUCAACAUUCAACCUGGUUGUAUGUGUUGCUUACUGCUAUUUCUUUAUUCUAUUAG